AUGGACCAACAAGGCAAAACCGUUACAGGUGGCACUAACCAAACAUUCCAUGAUAUUGGUGCCAAACAGGUUGAUAUCAUCGCCAAAGACGAGAAGCGGGCAUACACGCUGGCAAUAACCAGCACCGCCUCGGGCAAAUUCCUUCCGAUGCAGCAGAUCUGGGGUGGAACAACCCCGAGAGUCCUCCCUGACCGAGAUGCUGAUGGCAUGGACGAAGCAAUAAGGUAUGGCUUUGAUUUCACCUUCGCGCAAGGGGGCAAAAAAGGAAGCCACUUCAGUACUUUCAAAACUAUGAAAGAGUGGAUGAAAAAUAUUUACGCUCCGUAUGUGAAGCGGACAAUCGAAGAAGACCCCGACCUUGAUGAAGACCAGAAGUCCAUUCUUCUG